GUGACGUUUCCCAUUGUCGUUUCUGUGGUACAUCUACGCACGCUUGGAUCUUCAGGAUAAGUGUUUGCAUGGAUAACGUUGGUGUCUACAAAAAUUCCUAAACAUGUGUGAUUUAGGACAAAGUAGCGACUGGGGUUAUCUUCCAGAUGUUGCUCUAAUAGAGGUUUACAAAUAUUUGGAUGACAAUGAAAGAGUGGCUGCAGCCCGUGUAUGUAAAAACUGGUUGCGGCUCUUCGAAACGCCAUUGCUAUGGCGGUACCGGUGUGUUAGCUUUGGUGGAUUCGAUGCUAUGGGCACGGCCGACAGAGCUUGUAGAUAUAUUAAAAGGUUUGGAAAACACUUGCGAUCAUUAGCUAUAAGAUUCCAGGGACCUACCUAUCGAACGGUGAAAGUCAUUUCUCAAGCGACUGAAGUCUUUCUAAAGAAGUUAGCAGUCAUAGCAAAUAUGCGACUCAAAGAAUUUACACUCUACCAUGCUAAUAUGGAAAAUCACUGGCAUUUUGUGGCCUCAAAAAAUCGUGUCGUUGCUUCGCUCUGCCGUUUUCUGAGAAGAUGCCGGGAACUUGAGGUACUGAACUUAAUCGCUGCACGUGUAACACUUGUAGACGGCUGUAGAAUAUUAGAGUCCCUCGGCCGGGGAGCAGCAUCAAAAACUCUGAAAUUUUUAUACAUGGAAGACAUGUUCCAAACCAAUGUCAUCCCUAUCUCUAUAUCACGUUAUAGAAAUGCCAUGUCAAAGAUGAAAGGACUAACUUAUAUUUAUACUAACUACAACACAGUGAACGGAGAAAUCUUACGGCAUUUCGCUAGGGAACAGAAAAUGAAAACUUUUACUCUUACUAUUGAUUGCGACAUCAAUAGUUGGGUGAUAGAACCAGAGACAUGGACCUACUUUAAGAGGCAAUGUCCUGAUACCAAAGUCAUAUUUUAUAUCUAUGCUUCUGGAUUCCGUCAUGGCAUACAACAUGCACUCCCAGAAACUGUUCCUAUGAAAGAGAUUGACAUUAUUGCAUGGCCAGCAAUUGUAGAGUCUAGAGCAGAGGCACAAACUAGAUUGUGUGGAUUGAUUCACCACAUCAGUAACGUUUACUCUGAUACCCUAGAAAGUUUCAGCCUUCACCUUGACAAGAAUCAGCCAGUUGACGACGAGAUCCUGUACUUUCUCGGGAGAUGUUAUCGUCUCAAACAUCUGAGUCUGUUCUGUAAAAUGUCUGUUAACACUGUGGAGAAGAUUUGUCAGAUGCAGUAUGAUAAACAAUUAAAUCUGCGAUCCCUGAAUCUUGGUGUGUUGGGUUUAGAUGAAACAGAACUGAAGUAUUUAAUGACCGUCCGAGUACAACUUACACAAGCUAUCAGUCAAAGUAAUAAUAACGUCGUCAUCACAUCGGAGAUCGAGUCAGACGAUGAUGACGAGGAAAGCAUGGAAGAGGAAUCGGAAGAGGAAGAGGAAAACGAAGAAGAUGUUUUAGAAGAUGAAGAUGAGGACGAAAAUGUUGAGGAGGAAAAUGGUCACGUACUUGGUAAUCUCGAUGGACAGGCAAAUGAAGAACAACCUCUUGCGGCUGUUGUAAAUAAUGAGGAGGAGAACAACGAAGAGGGAAAUGAAAAUAAUGAAGAGGGCAACCAAGAUGAAGAUGGUGACAUAAUUGGAAAUAUUGAUGGACAGGCUAAUGCAGAACAACCUCGUGAGGGGGUCAAUAAUGAGGAUGAGGGCAACGAAGAUGAGGAGGAAAAUGAAAAUAAUGAAGAGACCCAUGAAAUUGUAGAGGCAAUUGAAAAUGAAGAGGGAGACGAAAGCAAUUGUUUACUUGUUCAACAUGAUGAGGUCGAGGAUGGUGAUCAGAACGAUGUAGAGGUUAACAAUGGGAACCAAGACGAAAACAAUUUGAAUGAAGGAAACGCUAUACUUAAUACUGAAAACAUUGAUUGUGGAAAUGUAGAUGAUGAAGACAAUGUGGAACAAUACAAUGAAGAAGAAAGCCUGGUCGGUGGUCAACAGGAAAUCAGAACAAUUAUUGGACAUCACUCUUUGAAUGGUGAAAAUGGUCAGCCUCAACACAUCGAAGGCGACAGGACUAAUAGUGAACAUAAUUAUGGAAUGAGUUUUGAUCAGUAUUACGAAAAUAUAUCUGUCAUAGAAGACGUCAUUAAUUAUGAUACAGAAAAUAUUGGAAUAGAUGAACAGAGCAACAUGCAAGAGAUCAAUGGUUAUCCAGGAGAAAACAGUCAGAAUAAUGACAGUGAUAUCAGUACUGGGCAUUGCGUUGGAUACGUAGAAGUUUCCCCCUUGGAGAAUAUGUGGACCCGUGCCAGAGAAGAUUUCCAUGAUGUCGAUAACGAGGUCAGCCAAUACUUCCCCUGGGAGGAUAUUGUAAUCGAUGGAGCCCCGUUCAGAGGAAGCUUUAAUGAAGAUAAUGGUGAUAAUAUCGAGAAUGGAGAUAAUAUCGAGAAUGGAGAUAAUAUCGAUAAUGGAGAUAAUAUCGAUAAUGAAAGGAACGAUGAAAAUAGUGAAGAGGUCAAAAGAGAGAAUGUAGAAAUAAACGAUGAAGAUGGCACUUCCAACAUCGAACAGGAGAGUUUGUUUAAUAACGCAGAUGACAAUGAUAACGAUGAAAGAGGAGUGGAUGCAGGCAAUUGUCACAAUGAUGAAGAAGGAAACAACGAAAACAAUGUCGAAAACAUCGAUCAAGACGAUGAAAACAUCGACCAUGAAAACGAUAACAUUGACCAUGAAGAUGAUAUCCAUGAUGGCAUUGACGAUUCCGAUAUCGAUAAUGAAGAUGCUGAAGACGACGAAGCCGAUGAAACUGAUAAUGCGGAUGAGAAUGAUGACGAGAAUGACGAUGAGAAUGAAGGUGAUGAUGAAGGCGACGAAGAAGAAGAUGAAGAUUCAGUCGAUGACAUUUUUGCCCAAUUAAUGGCUGAAACUGAUGAUGAAGAGGAGGACGAAGACUAUGAUGUUGUAUUAAUGGAGGAUAGAUCUGAGGAUGACGAGUCUACUGAGUAUGAAGAUGAGGGUGAUGAUGAAAACGACGAUGGAUCGAUAAACGCAGCAGAAACAACGGACGAAGAAUUGUAAAAAAAAUGAAAUGCACCCGUAAUUUAUUUUGUAUUAAGUUUGGUCAAUUUAUGAAUAAAUAAUUUUAAAACC